UCUGCGUACAACUACAGCAAAACACCUCAACAUCUCAGUGUGUGUGAAUGAUGCUGCACCUAUAGGCGCACUUUACACCUUUUUCUCCAUUGGGGAACGCAAGCACUAACAGUCCAUACCUCUAUAUCUUCUCAAAACAGAUAUUGUGCUCUCUGUGUCACUCUGUAAAACUAGUGGAUGACAUUAAAUGACGUGUCAGAGGAUGUUUUAUAAGUUCUUUCGCUGUGUUAAAUAAAUGCACUUGACGCACAGAAAGGGAAGAAAAAAAAAACAACUUGACUAAAACAGUUUUUGGGCAAACGAGGAGACUGUUUUGCUGAAAUGAAAUAAGAAGUAGCCUAUUGCACAUUGACAGACCAACACCGUUUGGAGCAUCAGUGUCUCUCCGCGCGUGGGAUUCAAACGGUGUUAUCCAAGCGCGAGGCAUCAGAGGAAUAACGUCGGCUCUUGUAAAAGUCGUUCGCAAAUGCUUUUCGCUCUUCGUGCGUGGACCGUGGACUUUUGCAUGGACAUGGAUGAUUUCCUUUAGUUGGAUACGUUAAGCUGUUUGAUUCUGGGAUUUUCUCCAGUCUGCUUCGUGGCACUUCAUCUCCUCCAGCAGUGAUGCCGCUACGUGACGGGAAUUGAGAGGACUUUUGCAUAUUCAGUCAGAAAUCCGAGAUUUGCAGAUCUUUGAAGAAGAGAGUAUACCACCUGCCAUGAUUAUGGACUUGGCAAUUGAAGCCCAUGUUUUGGUGGUUUUACUCACCUGCCUCUUCUUGAUGUGCCGGGCUCAAGAGAGGGACUAUACGGUAAAAGAAGAGCAGCCUGAAAAUGUCCGCAUCGGAAACCUUCGCAAAGACCUAAACUUGAACCUAGAUCCAAACAUCAAACUGUCUUCUGCGCUGCAGUUUAAACCCGUCUACAAGACGGGCGACGUGCCUUUGGUGAAAGUAGAAGCCAGCACGGGAGAGAUUUUCACCACAUCCAACCGAAUCGACCGUGAGAAGCUCUGCUCCGGAGUCUUCACCGAGAAACGCUGCUUUUACGAGAUCGAGGUCGCAGUGUUACCCGACGAGAUUUUUCGUCUGGUCAAGAUCCGUUUCCUCAUCGAAGACAUCAAUGACAACGCACCCCUAUUCCAGUCUACAGUCAUCAACAUAUCCAUUCCUGAGAACACAGCCAUCAACAGCCGUUAUCCCGUGCCCUCUGCGUUUGACCCUGAUAUAGGAAUCAAUGGGAUUCAACACUAUGAGCUUGUCAAGAGUGUGAGUGAAUUCGGUCUGGACAUCAUCGAGACCCCGGAGGGGGACAAAUGGCCCCAACUCAUAGUCCAGCAGAGUCUAGAUCGAGAGUUGAAGGACACCUUUGUGAUGAAAAUUAAAGUAGAGGAUGGUGGCACCCCUCCAAAGUCCAGCACAGCCAUUUUACAGGUCACCGUUUCGGAUGUGAACGACAAUCGGCCAGUAUUCAAGGACAGUGAAGUGGAGGUAAAUGUUCCCGAGAAUGCCCCAAUGGGAACGUCUGUCACUCACCUUCACGCCACAGAUGCCGAUCUGGGAUCCAAUGCUCAGAUUCACUUUUCCUUCAGCAACCAAAUCUCCCCUGCCACUAAGCGACAUUUCGCUAUUGACAGCACAUCUGGACUGAUUACUGUCAAACAACCGUUGGACAGGGAAGUUAACCCGGUCCACAAGCUCAUAGUGUUGGCCAGUGAUGGAAGCUCUACUCCUUCAAGGGCUACAGUCAUAGUCAAUGUUACAGACAUUAACGACAAUGUCCCCUCUAUAGAUACACGUUACAUAAUGAAUCUUGUCAAUGGCACUGUGCUGUUGUCUGAAAAUGCCCCCCUCAACACAAAAAUAGCCCUGAUUACUGUGACAGAUCGAGAUGCUGACCUGAAUGGGAAAGUAACUUGCUACACAGAUCACGAUGUACCUUUCAGGUUGAAGCCGGUCUUCAAUGACCAGUUUUUGUUGGAAACGGCCGCACUUUUAGAUUAUGAGACCACUCGUGAGUACGCUAUUAGGAUAGUUGCAUCUGAUUCUGGGAAACCUCCAUUGAACACUUCAGCGAUGGUUCUUAUUAAAAUCAAGGACGAGAAUGACAAUGCUCCGAUUUUUCCUCAGCCAGAAAUACAGCUGUCAAUUCCGGAGAACAAUGACCUUAAAACACAGUUGAUAAAAAUCAGUGCAACAGAUGCAGACAGUGGUUCAAAUGCCCUUAUUAUUUACAGUCUUGGCCCAGAUGCUCCUGAUGGGUUUAACAUAGAUCCGCGGUCUGGAAUCCUUUCUGUUGUCAAAAGGCUGGAUAGAGAAAAGCAAGAGAAGUAUUCAUUUACAGUCAUUGCCAGGGAUAAUGGUUCUGCCCCUCUUCAAAGCAAUGUCACUGUAAAGCUGAUAGUCCAGGACCAAAAUGACAACAGCCCAGCUUUUACCCAUCCCGAGUACAACUUUUACGUGCCUGAGAACCUGCCUUUGUAUGGGACAGUGGGAUUGAUCACUGUAACGGAUGCAGAUGCUGAUGACAACGCAGUCGUCACCCUCUCAAUUAUUAAUGGGAAGGACAAUUUUAUCAUCGACCCCAAAACUGGGGUGAUUAAACCAAACAUCACAUUCGACAGGGAGCAACAGAGUUCCUACACUUUUGUUGUCAAGGCUGUGGAUGCGGGAUUAGUGCAAACCACCUCAUAUGCCCAGGUCACCAUAAAUGUUGUUGAUGUAAAUGACAAUCGACCAGUGUUUGUCAUCCCUUCCUCCAACUAUUCAUAUGAUCUUGUUCCUUCUACCACCAGCCCUGGGUCUGUGGUGACCAGAGUGUUUGCUAUUGACAAUGAUACUGGAAUGAAUGCUGAGCUGCAGUAUAGUAUUAUUAGAGGGUCGCCGAGAGGAUUGUUUGCCAUUGACAAAACUACAGGCAACAUCACUCUGCAAGAGAAGAUAGUAACAGCAGACCAAGGUCUCCAUAGACUAGUGGUACAAGUCAAAGACUUAGGACAACCCGAAUCUUUAUAUGCAAUCGCCCUUGUUCAUUUGUUUGUGAAUGACACUGUCACUAAUGCUACAUUCAUCCAGGAGCAGUUACGCAAGAGUUUGGAAACUCCUUUGGACCGAAAUGUUGGUGACAACGAUGUGAUGCCUCAGACCAACGGUUAUGUAAUUGUUGUUAUCGCCAUAAUUGCUGGGACUAUGACAGUCAUCCUAGUGAUUUUUGUGACGGCUUUAGUGCGCUGUCGACAGACGCCAAGACAUAAAGUUGUCCAGAAGAGCAAACAGAGUGGCGAGUGGGUGUCGCCCAACCAGGAGGGUCGCCAGAUUAAAAAGAAAAAGAAGAAGAAGAAGAGGUCUCCGAAAAGUUUGCUGUUAAAUUUUGUCACCAUCGAGGAACCCAAGUCUGACGACCCUACCCACGAGCACAUCAACGGCACUCUAGACCUUCCUGUUGAACUUGAGGAGCAGACCAUGGGAAAGUACAACUGGGCUACCACACCAACAACCUUUAAACCCGACAGCCCUGACUUGGCCAAGCACUACAAGUCAGCUUCUCCACAGCCGACAUUCCAGAUCAAACCAGAGACACCCGUGGCUCCCAAGAAGCAUCACGUCAUUCAGGAACUCCCACUAGACAACACAUUCGUGGUGGGCUGUGACUCACUCUCCAAAUGUUCCUCCAGCAGCUCUGACCCCUACAGCGUUUCAGAGUGCAGCUGUCAAGGGGGAUUCAAGGCACCUGGGCAAAUCCACACCAGACAGAACCAGACCCCAGACAAAACAUUCUCCGUUGUUGCAGCCACAUGUCCCCAUAAGCUCAUCAGAUUUCGUUCUGCUCAUCAGAUUCUAGGCUGUGAGCAGACGCAACGCCGCGUGACCUUUCACCUGCCAGACGGAUCUCAGGAGAGCUGCAACGACAGCGGGCUUGGAGAGCCGGAGUCCAACAGCGGCACCAUCACCACCCAUCCUCUGCCUCUGGGCUUCCCUCAGGACGAGUACUUUGAACAGACCUCACCAAACAGCCGCACCGAGGGUGACGGAAACUCUGACCCCGAGUCCACUAUCGAAGUCAACCUGCAAAAGGCUCUCGCCGAGGCUUCGGAAACCUGCACCCAGGAAUGUCUGAUCCUGGGUCAUUCUGACAGUUGCUGGAUGCCUCCAGCGUUGACCCAGUUCCAAACGUCAGGUGCCGCCACUCUGCCCUCAUUCGGUUUUCAACAAAGCUGGAUGCGGGGGACCAUGGCUGAUGGACGCCACACCCUCGGCAGGUCAGUGCCCAAAGAUGACCUGGACAAAGGGAGCAACCGGCCCCAAUUCUACAACACUCUCGACAGACACUGCAGCAAGAAAGAGGAUCCUGUAAAGGUCAUCCCUCUAGCCAGCUUUUCCGCUACGUCCAGCCCCCAGACGUCUGUGAGUGGAGGUUCCUCGGCUUUUAUGAAUGAGCAUCAGCUGUAGACACGCCACGUCGGUACGAGCACCCGCCAUGGUUAGGGCCUUGAAAAGGAAUAGCUGACAGAUUCUGAUGACUAUUAGCAUCUGUCACAACUUUCACAACGGUGAUGUGAUGUUUUUAAAGGACAGAAGCUUUCGAUAUCCUCCAUGAAACUGAGUACGUGUACAGUAGACAAAUGGUAGAUAUAGACCAAAGUAGCUCCUCAAGUAAAAAAAAAAAAAAAAAUUAAGUAAAAAAAAUGGUGUAUGUGUCUAUUUGUUAGUGAAAGAUUAGUGGCAAAAGCUUUAUUGUGGAUCAAAUGGGAUGAUUUGUUUGCUUUUGGCGUCUCUUGAAUGCGACUUGAUAUAGUGAAAUACUUUAAAGUGUAUGCUACUGAAAGACGUAAUUGUAUCCGUUUACAUGCACGCCAAUAUUCCAGUCAGCUAAGGAUCUUUAAUUAACAAAUUGAAAGUCCAGAUUCCCAAAAUUUUUUUGCGUACUGCUUCAAUUGGUGCUCACUAACAGCCAUGGCGAUUGUUGUUUUCCUCGUCCACUACACGUAAAUACGGACACACUCGUAAAAGAAACAAUAAAAGUUAAUUCCCAGUAAAACUUAGACCCUGAACCACAUCCUGGAAUAUUAUGAUGCAUGUAAACGUAAUCGAUAAGGUUAAGUGUUUAUGUGGUAACGCUGGGUGACUGCAAUAUUUCUUUGGCUUAGGUGGGGUGCAUCGAUUCUAGCCGCAUUUUCUAGCUGAGUCACUUUUAUUCUGGUGAUUUUAGAGACCCUUGUUUCUUUCCCCUGAAUGUGCUGCUUUUACAAGCCAAGCCUUUCUGCAAAAAUUCGCCUUGCUCAGUGUUAACACAUAGAAACUUUCUUUUUAAAUGAGGUUUUUCUUCUUAAACUUUGACGCUGGCUUUGUCCCCCCUCAUGUGCUUAAAGCCAUCCUCUGAUGUUCAGUAUGUUGGUAGCGUCUGACACCCUUUCUCUCCCAUUAUAAGCAGCCCACUUGUUUUUAACAUUAUCUCAUUAGCUGUGUCUGGGAAGGCACAGACAUGGCUAAAAAGACAUCCUUUGUUUUUUAUCUCCACUAUAUCAUCUUUUCCUCUUGAUAUAUACAAUUUAUGCGCCAUAAUAAGUGCUAUGAGAAUCUCCCAAUAGUAUAAUUACUUUGAUCAGUAAUCACUGCACUGGCUAUAGAGGCAGAACACUGCUUUAUAAUAGUAUAAUUGGCUACCUUUUGUGUGCGCGUGUGUGUGCUUAUUACUUAAAUGGUGCGUGUUUAAGCAUUCAGAUGAUUUGUAUAUACAGUAUAAUGAUGUCAAAGAAACAGCCUUAAGAUUUAGAUGUGCAUUGUGUGAAUGAAAAAACUUCAAGAUGUAAAAGUUUGCAUACAGGAAAGCUUAUUCAAAUAACAAUUCCCAGCAUCAGGUUAUCCCACAAAGAGACUGUGCAAGGUUGAGAAACCAGUGCAAAUUUAAUUCGGGUUUCCUUACUAUAUUCUGAUGACACAGAAAUAUUUGCGCCAGUGAUCCAAAAAAUUACUUCACUAUAAGAUAGUGAACACGGCAGCGGCAGGAAGUUUGCUUGCAGUGUGGCACAGCGCGACGUGUUGCUCUUUGAUGCGAGACAACUGACAAUCACCCCAGCAGAUGUUGCAUCAACAACAGUACCUUAUAAAAUCUCAAAGACUUUCUUCAUUAUGAUAAAUAAUUGCAAUGUGGGAGUCUAUCGAGGGAAGCAGGCCAAGCCUCGAUUGUCCGCUAGCUGUGACACUAUCGUUCGGACAAGAUUAUUGAGUGACAGUGAAAAGAUGUUGACCCAACUCUCCCCCGUCCAAUCUAUAAGGUCUGAUAGACUUGGCCCAUGGUGUCCGUGUUGCAAAAUCUCUGCUCCUGUUCAUUUUAUCACAUCACAGAAAGUGCAAACUUACAGAACAAAAUGAAUUUCAGAGCUCCCAAUGAUUAAAGAGAUCGAAGAAGCGAGCAAUGUAAUUCUGUUUGUGUAUUCUGUUGGAAGUCCUUUACAUGUUUAAAGAUUGACAUACUUGAAGAUAAACAUUUACUGGAAUAGUGGAGCAGCUAUAUUAGUGCCAAAGCUUUACUAAGUAAAGAGACAAAAAGAUAUGUGUGAGAGAAUAAAAGGGAACGAAAACAAGAACAUUUGUGAUAAUAAAUGCAUAAAAGGUCUCUAUGCAUGGUUAAUCUACCCCCUAGCACUUUUGUACUUUUCUAAAAAAGUUCGUUCCCCAUUCCAUAAUGUAAACAACCUUGGUAAUGAGGUAUUUCUUUUCCUUUGAUAUUUUUGAUACGUUUUGAUUUCGAUAUUACAUGGGUGGAAAAUAUUAUGACAGCUCCUCUCGGUAGUGCCGCAUCUACAUUUGCAUGUGGUUCUAGUUGACCUCUGCCGCCUGCUCGUGUUGCGUGUUCACUUCAGUCCUGCUCCGACACUAAACAGUAGCUUUGUGCUGUCAUCCGGUCAUCUCCCUUGGGUUACGUAAUAGUUCGGAUCUUACGCUGACGGGAAUGAAGGAUCAUAAUGGCAGCACUGUUUCAGCACAUUAACACACAAAUCAAACCAGUUCUCAUCAUUACCAUGAAAAACACUGAAAGUGUACAUAAAGAUAUACUUAACAGUAACCCCGGGACAUGAAUUUUAACGCACCAUAUAUGUAAACAAAUGGAAAUGUGGUUUAUAUUUACUGAAAACAGUUCAAUUUAUCUAUAAAAGACGACCGUGGUGAAAUUUAUGAGAGGACAAUCUCUGUUGUAAUGUAUUUUAAACAUAUGCAUACUGUAUAUUAUUAUAUGUGUGAGCGUGUGUUUGUGUGUGCGCGCAUGUAUACUGGCAUCAAACUGGCUAGAUAAUGUACUAUGUACACAAUGCGUAUCUUGUACAGAACCUGAAAAGAAAACGAGAACUGCUGAUAUAUUAAAUCUGCUUGUGAUUUAAACAUCAUUUGUUGUAUUUCACAUUUACUUUUUUGCAGGUGAGCUUAUGAGCCAACGAUUAAGCACUGUUGAAAAACAACUCAAGUGCCGUAUAUCUUGACAUACCCCUGUAAAAUACUUUUAAAAAAAAGAACAGGCUCAUUUACAUUUGGUGUAAUGGUUUUCUUGUCUUGAACUUUUUCUUGAACCAUUAAAUAUU